UAGAGACCAGGAAGACGCCUGCAGAGCCGGCUGCUGGUGCAGCGGCGGCUGAGGCUGCAGGGGCUGCUGCAUCCCGGCCGUCUGCCUCCCAGUCCCGCCUGGCCUCUGGGGGAGAAGGGACGCAGUCCCCGCCCGGGCUGUCCAGGUGCUCCGUGGCUCCCGGGACGUAGCGGGGAUUCAGGUUGCGGCCUGUCAGGCCAGGCAGGGAAGCACCCACACUCCUGACAGAGUAAGAUGGCGGCGAUGGCACCCGGAGGUGGAGGCAGUGGUGGCGGCGUAAAUCCAUUCCUCAGCGAUUCCGAUGAGGACGACGACGAGGUAGCGGCGACCGAGGAGCGGCGGGCGGGACUUCGGCUGGGUGCUGGGGUCGGCCUAGAUCCUGGCUCUGCGGGCUCGCUGUCGCCGCAGGACCCCGUGGCCCUGGGGAGCGGCGCGCGACCAGGGCUCCCUGUGGAGGCGGCCGCCACUCCGGCGGCCUUGGGGGGCAGCGGGGAGACCCCUGCCCGAUUGUCCAUCGAUGCCAUCGCCGCCCAGCUGUUGCGCGAUCAAUACUUGCUGACUGCCUUGGAGCUGCACACUGAGCUGUUGGAGAGCGGCCGCGAACUACCGCGGCUGCGCGAUUACUUUUCCAAUCCUGGCAACUUCGAGAGGCAGAGUGGGACCCCACCAGGGAUGGGGGCGCCUGGGAUCCCUGGAGCAUCCGGCGUUGGAGGCGCUGGAGGUCGGGAACCGAGUACGACGUCGGGCGGAGGGCAGCUCAAUCGAGCUGGGAGCAUUAGUACUCUUGAUUCAUUAGACUUUGCAAGAUAUUCUGAUGACGGGAACAGGGAAACAGAUGAAAGAGUGGCAGUCCUGGAGUUUGAACUACGGAAAGCCAAGGAGACCAUUCAGGCCCUCCGAGCCAACCUAACAAAGGCUGCAGAACAUGAAGUUCCUUUACAGGAACGAAAAAAUUACAAAUCAAGUCCUGAAAUUCAGGAGCCAAUCAAACCUCUUGAAAAGAGAGCUCUCAACUUCCUAGUAAAUGAGUUUUUGUUGAAGAAUAACUACAAGCUUACAUCAAUAACCUUUUCAGAUGAAAAUGAUGAUCAGGAUUUUGAAUUAUGGGAUGAUGUAGGAUUAAACAUUCCCAAACCCCCAGACUUGUUACAACUUUACCGAGAUUUUGGAAAUCAUCAAGUGACUGGGAAAGAUCUUGUGGAUGUGGCCAGUGGAGUAGAUGAAGAUGAAUUAGAGGCUCUUACACCAAUUUUAAGCAACAUCCCUCCAACCCUUGACACUCCCCAGGCUAUAGAGAACUCCUUGCUAGUACAGAAAUUAGAAGAUAAAAUUAGUUUAUUAAAUAAUGAAAAAUGGUCAUUGAUGGAGCAAAUCAGAAGACUUGAAAGUGAGAUGGACAUCCUUAAAACUGAACAUUUUACCACCCCAGCAGUUGGUGAUUCUGUUCAGCCUUCCUUGAUUCAGUCUUCCCAAAAAGAUUCUGAAGACAGUAGACGGAGCCCAAUUGUAAAUAGUUCAGACCAAGAAAAAAACAAGAAUGGCCAUCUUGAAACACCAGGUGGAGCUGAUAACUCUAUUCCUCAAGAGAAUUCUGCAGGUUCUUUCCCCAGGAAGGAAAGAGAAGAAAUGCUACCUUCUUCUAUACCAAGUAAAACCAUGGUCCAUUUCGAUCAACCCAAUAGGAAAUUGUCACCUGCUUUUCACCAAGCACUACUCUCUUUUUGUCGAAUGUCUGCAGAUAGUCGUUUAGGAUCAGAGGUGUCAAGGAUUGCAGACAGUGAAAAAAGUGUUAUGUUAAUGCUGGGACGCUGCCUGCCACACAUUGUUCCUAAUGUGCUGUUGGCAAAAAGAGAGAGAAUGGUUUUACACCUCUGUCAGGAGUUGAUCCCCCUCAUCUUGUGUACAGCAUGCCUGCACCCUGAACCUAAAGAAAGAGACCAGCUCCUCCACAUACUCUUCAACUUGAUCAAGAGGCCAGAUGAUGAGCAAAGGCAGAUGAUACUGACAGGUUGUGUGGCAUUUGCACGUCAUGUUGGACCAACACGAGUGGAGGCUGAACUUUUACCGCAGUGUUGGGAACAGAUUAAUCACAAAUAUCCAGAAAGAAGACUGCUUGUGGCAGAGUCCUGUGGAGCGCUGGCACCUUACCUUCCUAAAGAAAUUCGUAGUUCCCUGGUUCUUUCAAUGUUGCAACAGAUGUUAAUGGAAGAUAAGGCAGAUUUGGUAAGAGAAGCUGUCAUCAAAAGCCUGGGCGUCAUUAUGGGCUACAUUGAUGAUCCUGACAAAUAUCAACAGGGCUUUGAAUUACUGCUUUCCGCCCUGGGUGACCCCUCAGAAAGAGUUGUUAGUGCAACACACCAAGUAUUUUUACCAGCUUAUGCUGCCUGGACAACUGAACUUGGGAAUUUACAGUCUCAUCUUAUACCUACACUACUGAACAAGAUUGAAAAGCUUCUUAGAGAAGGAGAGCACGGGCUGGACGAACACAAGCUCCACAUGUAUCUCUCUGCCUUGCAGUCCUUGAUCCCAUCUCUCUUUGCAUUAGUGCUCCAGAAUGCACCUUUCUCCAGCAAAGCCAAGCUGCACGGUGAAGUGCCCCAGAUUGAAGUGACCAGGUUCCCCCGGCCUAUGUCACCUCUGCAAGAUGUCUCUACUAUUAUUGGAAGUCGUGAGCAAUUGGCAGUGCUUCUACAACUUUACGAUUACCAACUAGAACAUGAGGGCACAACAGGCUGGGAGAGUUUGCUGUGGGUUGUCAAUCAAUUGUUGCCACAGCUUAUCGAAAUAGUGGGCAAAAUUAAUGUAACCUCAACAGCCUGUGUCCAUGAAUUCUCCAGAUUUUUCUGGCGCCUUUGCCGGACAUUUGGCAAAAUUUUUACAAACACUAAGGUAAAACCCCAAUUCCAGGAGAUUUUAAGACUUUCUGAAGAAAACAUUGAUUCCUCAUCAGGAAAUGGGGUCCUCACUAAAGCUACAGUCCCCAUUUAUGCCACAGGAGUCCUCACAUGUUACAUUCAGGAAGAGGACCGAAAGCUGCUAGUUGGCUUCUUAGAAGACGUAAUGACGCUGCUUUCUCUGUCUCAUGCGCCUCUCGACAGCCUGAAGGCUUCCUUUGUGGAACUUGGUGCAAAUCCUGCCUAUCAUGAGCUGUUGCUGACUGUUUUGUGGUAUGGUGUUGUCCAUACUUCCGCACUUGUCAGGUGUACUGCUGCUAGGAUGUUUGAGCUGUUGGUGAAGGGGGUGAAUGAGACUCUGGUAGCUCAGAGGGUUGUUCCUGCUCUCAUUACUCUCUCCAGUGACCCUGAAAUCUCUGUUAGGAUUGCUACAAUCCCAGCGUUUGGCACUAUUAUGGAAACAGUUAUUCAGAGAGAGUUGCUAGAAAGAGUGAAGAUGCAGUUGGCUUCUUUCCUGGAAGACCCUCAGUACCAAGACCAGCAUUCUUUGCAUACAGAGGUCAUCAGAACAUUUGGCAGAGUCGGGCCUAAUGCAGAACCCCGGUUCCGAGAUGAAUUUGUUAUACCACAUUUACAUAAAUUAGCCUUGGUGAACAACUUACAGAUCGUGGAUUCGAAAAGGCUGGACAUCGCAGUCCAUCUUUUUGAAGCCUACAGUGCACUGUCCUGUUGCUUCAUUUCCGAGGAUUUAAUGGUAAAUCACUUUUUACCCGGCCUUAGAUGUUUACGGACUGACAUGGAACAUCUGUCUCCAGAACAUGAGGUUAUUUUAAGUUCCAUGAUAAAAGAAUGUGAACAAAAAGUAGAAAACAAGACUGUCCAGGAGCCUCAAGGCUCGAUGUCAAUUGCUGCAAGUUUAGUGAGUGAAGACACAAAGACCAAAUUUUUGAACAAAAUGGGCCAGUUGACAACCUCAGGUGCCAUGCUGGCCAAUGUGUUUCAGAGGAAGAAGUAGGAACAGGAAGGGAGCCCCAGCGAACACUAAGGCGGACCUCAAGCAGACUGGCUCCUUGUACUUGAAGCGCUUUCCUUUUUAUUUCCUGAGCUUAAGUUCUUGUGUUAACAUUUUAUCCUAACCUCCAAAGAUAUUUGCACUGCUUUUGAUUGUUGCUGUGUAUCUGUUGGUUUAGGAAUUAUAACUGUGGUAAUAGAAACUUGAUUUAAUGAUCUGUACCAAGUCCCUAUUCUAUGUUCUUAUUUUUGAGAAUAACUUUUAUAUAUAAUAUAUAUAUAUAUGUAUAGUGAAGAGGGGUUUUUUGGUUUUGUUUUUUUAAUUUUUAUUUUUGAAUGGGAUAUUCGCAAAUAUCUGUAUUAUACUCUAAGCUAUUACAAUGGUACUUAAAAUAAUGUAAAUUUGAAGUCAUUGUUAUAAAGUAAUAAAAGUGGAGAUUCCUUAAGUAUUUAAAUUAUGAAAGAAUAAUGCAGACUUUUUAUUAUUUCUUAACUGACUAGAAAGAGCCACCAGCAUUACUCUGUGCCUUUUGGACUUCAGUUUGUGUGUUCUGUAGGAAUCAUAUACAUUCCUUUCACACAGUAUUUGAGACUGCUGUGGUGAAUCUGAAUGCAGAUCCUACAAUAAGUAGAUAAUGAUGAGACUUAAAACAUUUCACAUCUCUCUUGAAAAUCCUUUAAGUGCUGUUUAGCCUCUCAACAUUUAGAGCAUACAAUGGAAUUACCUGAGGAGAAACAGCACUUGAGCAUGGUGAGGAGUAGCCAGGGUGAAUUUCACAAUUGUACUAGAUUUAAAUGCUCAAAAAUAAAUGUACUGAGAAGAGCUAAUGAUCAUUUGUCCCCAGUUGAAAUACACAAGAAAAUAUGAUUUAAGUCUGAAAUUUUACACCUAUUUCCUAUAACACAUUUUAGGAUGCUUUAUAAUUAUUUAAAUUUUGCAGUUUACCUUUUCACCUAGUCUGAGAAGGACUAAAAAGUGUAGGGACUUUGGAGAUUCCUUUUUCCCUUCUAAACUAAAAGUGGCAUUGGUUACGUUAUUAUUGGUUAGUCACCACCUGGUCCCUUAAAUUCAGUGGCUGUUCCCCAUUGGUGUGUUCUGUACAGUCUUAUGUUGAUAGAGAGUUCCACUGGAAUUUGGUGGUUGUCUACACAGUGACACAGAGAGGUAGGAAGGGUGCUGCACAUAGGAAAGGGUGACUGGUUUAAGGGGUUAAUGUGAGGCCUUUUCGAAAAAUGAAUUAUUUUGAUAAAAAGAAUUCUCAUUUUAACACAGUUGAUGAAUAUAGAUGAUUCUCAUAUUUGUUGUAUAAAUUGACUUUAAUACACCUGAAUUACAUUCACUUCCUGGGAAAGCUAGCUUUCCCACACAGUCAAAGCUUAUAAAUUAGUUUGCCUUAGGCAAAGCCAUUUAUUUCUUUUACCUAUAGUGAAAUUAUUGAAUAGUCUUUCUGAACUGUUGGAUUCUAGGCAUUCCUGAGAAGUUGAAAGUGGCUACCUUUCAUGUCAAAACGUUGAUCUGUUAAAAAUAAAAUGUUUUUGCAUACUU